CCAAAGAUUCCGACCUCUCCCUCUAUGCAUGACAAUUGCGUGUGUUGUAUAUGAGCAAAAUUAUGAGCAGCGAAAAAGAGAAAAAAAAAUCAAAUCUAAAAAAUAUAUACGAAAAAUGUUUGUAUAGUGUGUGCGAAUAGGGAAAAAUUGAAAAAAAAAUCGAAUUUUUUUCUGUGGAUUUUGGAAACCAUCAUAAAUGAUUAGUGAGAUUUUUUUAUUCAAAUCAAAUCUAAAAUAAAAACAAUAUUUUCAUUUUGAAAUCUUAAUAUUAUCUGUGUUAUAUUUUUCAUCGUUAAAAGAUUAAAUCCGACAAAAACGAAAAAAGAUUUACCUGAGAAAUUUAUGAUUUUAUUCAAUCAGUUAAAAAUUUGUUGCAGAAUAAAUCUAAUAUCAACUAUUCAGGGUCGAUUGUGGCCGUCGAAAAUCGACAUCAUUGGCUAAGGCCAAACAAAUGGCACAGCCACAAAAAGAAACAAAUCUUGUCGACAACAUCACCACUACAACAACAACAGUAACGGAUGUGACCAAAUCUCAAUCAUUCAAUAUUCAUCAUGAUCAACCAUCAUCAUCAGUAUUGGUGGACAAUAAAAACGAUCCUGAUUGUGGUUCGAUAAAAAUGGAAUCAUCCACAAUUUCAGGUGAUGUUUGUACAUCAUCGUCAUCAUCAUCAUCUCGUCAACAAUCCGAUUCAAAAGCCAUCAAUGAUGAUAAACAUAUGGAUGGUGGAAUUGUACUUGUUGAUCAGGAUCGAACGUUAGAAUCUUCAUGUUCAAAACGCAAACCUUCUCCUGAUAAUGAUAAUGACGGAACAGAUAAUCAACAACAGAUAUCAAAAGCCAACUCGUCAUCGUCGAAUAAGAGAAUAAAAAUCGAAAAUGAUUAUGAUGAAACAAUAAUGUCAACAUCCAUUUCAUCAAAUAAUUUUGCCGAAAUCGGUAUUAAAAUUGGUUGUGAUAAUAAUAAUGAUGAUAAAAAUAUCGACGUUCAACGUGAUUCGCCAUCGACAUUUGAAAUUGAUGAUAAUAAAAUUAUCGAUAAUAAUUCAAAUAAUGAUGAAGUUAAUGAUGCUCAAAUAUUAGAUUAUUAUGAAAAGCUUCUUGAUGAUAUGGAACAAGAAUGGCUAGAAGAAAUGAAAGAAUAUUAUUACAUGGUUAAUAAUGUUGGAAUCUAUAUCGAUUAUCCAACCAUGAAAAAACGUCUCGAUCCCAUCGGUUUAGCUAAACAGCUUGUUUAUAUUUGUGAAUCUUAUGACGAUGAUGACCAUUCUAGACCAUGUGCACAUCGUCUUUUGACAAAAUUAAAUCCUCAGCUAUUCUAUGAUGAUAUAUUAGAGAUGAUUCAACAUUUAACCGCUACGACCGUAUCGUCUGCUAUGAUAACGAUAACACCACCUCUUACACCAUCAACGAUCGGUUCAACGGAUGCCGGUAAAUGUCAUACAUCAACAAACAUCAUCAGUACAUCCGGUGUUAAUGAACCUCCAUCGUCAUCAAUGUCAACAACAACGUCCAUAAAAUCCGAACCAAUUCAUCAAUCAUCAAUUGUUUCGACAAUGACAUUGAUCAAUUCAUCGGGUAAGAAUCAAUCAAAUUCAACAGUAUCAUCAUCAUUACCUUUAUUAGAUGAUAAUUCUCAAGUUGCUAGUCCUAAAAGUAUAUCGAAUAUAAAUGAUAUGUCCAAUACAAUCAUCAAUGAACCUAACCUUAAUAAUACCACCACAAUCGCUAACGAUAUCGCCGACAGUAGCAACAUCAAAACAUCUUUGGCAGUGGCCAAAAAGCUUUCGAUCUCUUCAUCAUUAGAUAAUGAAUCCAGUACCGAACAAAUGGUUGAACGAGCUAAAAAAGAAGCCUAUGUAAUGAAACGUAUUGCUGAGCUUCGAAAAAAUGGUGUAUGGUCAAUACGACGAUUGCCUAAAGUACAUGAACCACCACGUUGUAAAACUCAUUGGGAUUAUCUAUUGGAAGAAAUGCAAUGGUUGGCAGCUGAUUUUUUUCAGGAACGUAAAUGGAAACGAAACUCAGCAAAGAAAUGUGCUCGGCUAUCGCUGAAAUAUCAUGCAUCGAAAGAAUGUCAAGCCGAACGUAUUGAACGUGAAGAACAAUCAAAAUUGAAGCGUAUAGCAUCAAAUAUGUCCAAGAUGAUUAAACAAUUUUGGGCGGAAAUUGAAAAAGUUGUUGAAGCUAAACAAGAAGUACAACUGAAUGAGAAACGUAAAAAGAUUCAUGAUAUGCAAUUGCGAUUCAUUGUAGAUAAGGCCGAUUUAUUAACUGAAAAAUUAGCUCAAGAAUUGAUUGUACCUCAUAAAACAUCCAAAGCAUCAUCAACAUGUUCAGAAGCUGAUCCAUCAGAAUCGGGUGUGACGAAAAUCGAUUCUUCAAUCCAUAAACAAUCAAAAAAUGAAAAGCGAUCAGAUAUCGAUGAUCAGGACGUAGAAUUUGAACAAGGUAGUAUUUGUUCGGAUGAUGAUGAAGAAACUAUUGCCAAAGAAGAAAAAGAUUGUCAACAAGCUGAUUAUGCUGAUGAAAUCAAUGCAUUAUCAAACGAAUCCGAAAUGCCCAUUGAACAAUUAUUGGCCAAGUAUUAUAAUAUUGAUGCUGAUGAUAUUGAUCUCUCACAACUACAAAAACAGCAUCAGAAAACGGAGGAAAAGCUUGACGAUAAACAUGGACAACAAAAAGAUGAUGAUAUGACAACGGUUGAUGAUGAAACGGAAAACAAUGAUGAUGAUGAUUUGGAGACAGCUGAUUCUGAAGAUGAAACUAGUGCUAUGAAAAAACAACAAGAUGAUGAUGAUGAAUCAAUGAUAUCUGAAAUUGAUAAUAAUCAGCCCGAGGAAGAGGCAGAUACCGACGAUUCAGAUGAAGAUUCUGAUUUUGAUGAAAAUGAUAAUGUUGAUAGUAGUUUCUUGAUUCAACCUGAUGACAAAAAGGAUGAUAAAAAAGCUGAAACAACGGAUGAUGAGUUGAAUAAUAUUGCUGCCGGUGCUCAAAGUAUCCAACCUAAAGGAAAUACUUUUUCAUCAGUACAAGUAAUCAAUAAAGUACCAUUUCUGCUCAAAUAUCAGCUUCGUGAAUAUCAACAUAUUGGUCUUGAUUGGCUGGUUGCUAUGUAUGAGAAAAAUCUCAAUGGAAUUCUUGCUGAUGAAAUGGGUCUUGGUAAAACGAUACAAACGAUCGCAUUGAUUGCGCAUUUGGCUUGCGAGAAAGGCAUCUGGGGACCACAUUUAAUUGUUGUGCCAACAAGUGUUAUGCUCAACUGGGAAAUGGAAUUCAAAAAAUGGUGCCCGGCAAUGAAGAUAAUGACCUAUUUUGGGAAUCCAAAAGAACGUCGUCUAAAACGGAAAGGCUGGACAAAACCAGAUACAUUUCAUGUAUGCAUUACCUCAUAUAAGCUUGUGAUACAAGACCAUCAAUCAUUUAGGCGUCAAAAAUGGGUGUAUUUUAUAUUAGACGAAGCUCAUAAUAUUAAAAAUUUUAAAUCCCAAAGAUGGCAAAUGUUAUUAAAUUUUAAUUCUAAAAAUCGUCUCCUAUUGACCGGUACACCGUUACAAAACAAUCUUAUGGAAUUGUGGUCCUUGAUGCAUUUUUUAAUGCCCAAAGAAUUUCAAUCACAUCGUGAAUUCAAAACAUGGUUUGACAAACCAAUGACCGGUAUGAUUGAAGGCCAAAGUGAUUAUAAUGAAGAUUUGAUAAGGCGUUUACAUCGAGUAUUGAGGCCAUUUUUGCUACGAAGAUUGAAACGUGAUGUCGAAAAACAAUUGCCAAAAAAAUAUGAACAUAUUGUUCGAUGUCCAUUGUCUAAAAGGCAAAGAUUCCUUUACGAUGAGUAUAUUACAAAAGAAACUUUGGCAAGUGGCAAUUUCCUAAGUGUGAUCAACAUAUUAAUGCAAUUGCGAAAAGUUUGUAAUCAUCCCAAUCUGUUCGAAGUAAGAAAAACCAUCUCUCCGUUCAUCGAUGAUGGUCUACAAAUGAAUUUGCCAGGAAUAUUCACCACCAUCAAAGACCAUGAUCCACUUAAAAAAAUUAAUCUUCAUUCACAUUUGAAUCUACUAUUUUCUCAUCUGCUAAAUGAUUCAUAUAAGCAAACGCAAAUAUUGAAACGUUAUUAUGAUGCGUUCAAAAUGAAAGAUGUGAUCAACAAAAAAGAGGAUCAGAUUUACGUUCGCCUCAGUGAUUAUAAAGAUUUCCAUCGUUUCAUGAGAAAUAUUCGUAUGGUGAAUUCAUCAUCAAACACUCCUAAUCAUCUGAGACCACAAUUGGCACUUUCCAAUCAUAUAUUUCCAGUUGUUAAUGCCAACAAUAAUUCUAAUAAGCCAUUAAUUCGUUCGACAAACAAUCAGAUUCGAAUUAAAAGUCUUGAAAGUUCAAAGGUCAUUUCUACGUCAAACAAUAAUCAAGCACUGCUAAAAUCCCCCCAAAUCAAUGUUAAUUCACCUGACAAGAAAAUCAUCAAUUUUUAUUCACAUAUCUAUAUCAAUCCUGGAUCGCGUGAUUCGCCUAAAAUUGAUCGCGAUAAUGUUAACAUCGAAAUUCGUAAAUGUAAUGAUGAAUCUAAAGAAAAUCAUGAUAAAUUAUUUGGUAAUGGAAAAUACGCUUGUGAAGAAACUGUUCAACGUUUAAAAACAUUAUUUAGUGAAAAAUUGAGACGUCUAGCAUUAAACAAUAAAUCACGUUGUCAAGGUUUCGCUCGAUAUUGUACAGAUUUUUUCGAAUUAUUUGAUUUUUUUGGCCUCAAAGGAAUCGUUAAUUUUAUUCCAUGGAAUAAAAUUAGCGAUGAAAAUGAUGAAGAUAAAAAAGUCAGAUAUUCGAAAAUGCUAUUUGGCUCAUCAUUUAUCAACGGUUUGACUUUAGUUCGUCGAAGUCAGCAUCUUAAAGAUGGUGAAGAAUUUGAUCGGAAUGAUCUUUAUUACAUCACUCAAAAUCUUAUUCAAUUGGUCGAUUCACCGAAUUCAUUGGCCAAGAAUCUCGAAGAGCUAAUGAAAUGUUUUAUUUUCGCCGUUCCCGGUGUUCUAUCACCAGUUCCGCGUCUCAACUUGUCAAAUGUUAAAUCCUACCAGAAAAUUGAUCGAUCCACUUUAAUAGACGAUUUAAGACAAAAAAUUUCCAUGGAUAAAUUUGAUUUGCUCACGAUUCCUCGAGUUCAAUUUAGUCUUCAAUUACCCGAAGCAAGGUUAAUACAGUAUGAUUGUGGUAAACUUCAAAUACUCGAUAAACUUUUAUGGCAAUUGAAAUCUGGACGUCAUCGUAUAUUGAUAUUCACACAAAUGUCACGGAUGUUAGACAUUCUGGAACAAUUUCUAAAUUAUCAUGGCCAUACAUAUCUACGUUUGGAUGGUACUACCAAAAUCGAUCAACGACAAGCAUUAAUGGAGCGUUUUAAUGCAGAUCAGCGAAUUUUCUGUUUUAUCUUAUCCACACGUUCCGGAGGCAUUGGUGUCAAUUUGACAGGUGCCGAUACUGUGAUAUUCUAUGAUAGUGAUUGGAAUCCAACAAUGGAUGCACAAGCACAAGAUCGUUGUCAUCGUAUUGGCCAAACACGUGAUGUACAUAUUUAUCGUUUGGUCAGUGAACGAACGGUCGAAGAGAACAUACUGAAAAAAGCUAAACAAAAGAAAAUGUUGGGUGAUUUAGCUAUCGAAGAAGGCAAUUUCACCACUGCAUUUUUCAAACAAACUGCCAUAAAAGAGUUAUUCGAUGUUGGUGGUGAACAAGAUAUGAAUGAAGAACCGACCAUUAGUGAACCAGUUGAAGUCGUAGAACUUGACGAUUGUUCGGCUGUUGAUCCUGCUCCUAUCACAUCCUCAUCUUCAAACAAUAACGUUAUGUCGUCAUCAUCGGCACCGAUACCGAAUGCAGCAUUUGAACAGGCAUUAUGUACGGCUGAAGAAGAAAAUGAUGUUACAGCAGCUAAAAUUGUUCGUGCCGAAGUUGCAGCUGAAUUGGAUGAAUUUGAUGAAACCAUUCCGAUUGAAGACAUUCCUGAUGAAAAGAGUCCCGAAGAAGAACAGAUUGAAGAAUUGAUCUGUCAGCUCACGCCAGUUGAACGAUAUGCAUUGAAAUUUAUUGAAAGUGCCCAAGAUUUCCAUGAAUUGAAACAAGCAGAUGAAGAGAUGGAAGAGACCAAAAAACAAUGGCAAAAAUCGAUAAAUGAUUGGAAAAAAGAUCAAGAAGAAUUACGUAAACGUGAAUUAGAAGAAUUAGAAGAUUCCAUUAUGACAUGUUCUCGAGACAAUUGUUCCAUUUCAAAGGUGUUCAUGUCGUUCAACUGUUCCGAACCGAUGCCGAUCUGGGCACCACCUACCCCACCACAAGAUGAAAAUGAUUUCUACAUUGAUUAUUCAUUUGGUUUCUCUUAUGAGAAAACUCUUAUGGCAGAAUCACAAUUACCGCCUGUUUAUAUGCCUAAAGAACAUAAACGUAUUCGUAUUGAUCCAUUACAUGCUCGUAAAUAUCCUUAUUCAUCUAGUGGACAAACAUCGCUUACAAAAUCAGGUGGACAUCGUCGUAGUGAUGAUUUAUUCAACAUACCAAAAUCAUUAUUUGAUCGUUCUGUUGGUCGUCAUCGGCGUGAAAUUCUUCUUUUCAAAUCAAAACUUUGGCCUGGAAGUCAGAAUCUUGUGUCGAUUAGUAACAAAGCUAUAGCGAAUAUUGAUUCGAUGCCCAUACAAAAUCUUUCGACAGCUUUGUCUCGAUCUCAACAGAAUAUAUUUGUGAAUAGAAUGCCCGAAUGGACAAUCAAUGAAGAUUAUUCCAUUAUUUAUGUUUUACUUUUUAUGCAAGAAUUACCAUUCAAUCUAAGCGUAAUCUAUCCCGGUCAUACACCUAAUUGGGAUUUUGUCGCUGAUCAAGUAAAUGCAUUUAAUUGUUUUAAAAGAUCUUCAAAACUUUGUCGCUACCAUUUCGAAAGCAUCAUGACCGACAAAGAUGAUCAGUCAAAUUUAGUUGGUGGUAAUAUGGUUGGUGUUCAGGGUACUGGUCUGGUCCCCGGAGUUAUUGGUGGGGGCUCUGUUAACGAUCAGAUGAAUUCUAUCAGAUCGGGAACAAUGAAACAGACAAAAUCAUCGAAAAAAUCGGCAAAACAAGCAACGUUGAAUCAACAGCAGCAAAUGAUUCAACAACCACAUAUGUCAUCAAAUAUGAUGCCAAUUAUGGCUAAUAUGCCACCACCACCAAUUAUGGGUGCACCUGGUCAAAUACCAAAUUCAGUUACUGUUCAAGCUAAUCCAUCAUCAUCCAAGCAACAAACACAAGCAUUAAAUCAACAAAUGUUAACGGCUCAAUUAUAUCGAGUAUCGAAUAUGAUGCAAAAAACAAUCACUGAUAAUAAUCUUGAGUUUACCAAUCAAAUGCAUCGACGAUUUGCCGCGAUCAAACAGAUCGUAAUUCAACGAACACAAACAUCGAAAUCAUUGUUCAAAAAACAGCAAAAGAAAUAUGAUAUGACUAAGAUAUUCAAAGAUAAUAAAAUCGAUUUCGAUCGACAUAUAACCGUUGAAGAAGUUGCCGCUCGUCGUGCCGAACGUAUUAAUCGUGAAAAACUAGCUGCCCGACAACAACAGCAACAACAACAACAACAACAACAGCAGCAGCAACAACAACAACAACAUCACCAGCAUCAGCAGCAACAACAACAUCACCAGCAUCAACAACAACAGCAACAGCAUCAGCAUCAGCAACAGCAAUCUGUCAUGGCAGAAUUUCAUCAGGCAAAAGCAGUAUUUCCUGCUCAAUUUAGAGCUUAUAAUAUACCGGUAGCCGCCAGUGGUACACCACCGCCACAGCAACAACAACAACAACAGCAAAUGAUGCCAUCGCAACAAUUUCAUACGGUUGCUGUUAGUGGUGCUACCGCGAACCCACAAUCGACUAUUGUUAUGGCUUCCGGUCAACAGCAACCUCAACCACAACAACAGCAACAGAUUAUAUUAAAUUCGCCAGGUCCGUCGGCACAUGCAAACACGGCGACACCAACAUUCAUGCCACAUGUGCAACAAUUUUUAGCUGCAACAAAAGCUGGUGCAAAAUUUCAGAAUUUGGCAGCUGUUAGUGGCAGCGGUGAUAAUUCCGGUGGUGUUACGGAUUCAAAUCAAUCACUCGCAAAUAUUCAAGCUAAAGUUCUUCAACAAAGUAAUAGUGGUGGUCAAUCAUCAUCUACGGCCAUCCAUCAUGUAUCAUUGGCACAAGCUCAAUCCAUGGGACUUAUAUCACAAGGAGUCGCUUCCAUUGCCACGAUUAGUACUCCUCAACAUCAACAAGUUGAUACGAAUCCUACAAAUACUGUAUCAUUGACUCAUCAAUUGAAUCAACAACAACAAGCUACAACGGCUCAGCAAUUUAUGAUUCAACAAACAUCAAACACUGGUACUAGCCAAGCAGUGCCGGUAAAUGUUUCGAUAUCAGGUCAACAACAACAGCAUAAAUUUUUGGCCAUUUCUAGUCCAUCGGGAUCAUCAAAUCCUCAAACAGCUAAUCUAACACAGGUUACACCACAAUUGAUAUCAUCAAAUCAAAUGAAUCGACAACCGCUUAGACAUCAUUUAUUAGUUUCUCGAGGAGGAGCUCGACCACAGGUUGUUGCUGCUCAACAUCAUCCAUCAUCCGCAUUGCAAGGAUCUCCUGGUGUUCGUCAUAUUCAUAUGCAAUCAUUACGUGCCGCAGUAGCUCAACAAUCAACAAGUGGUUGUGUGGUUCCAUCGACAACAACCAUACAGCCUACACAGCGAUUGCAAUUAGUUUCACAAUCGUUAAUUACUUCAGGUGUUGGUAAUAAUAAAAUAUUAGCAACAUCAUUAAUAACUAGUUCAACAAAUACAUCUCAAACAACCAAUACAAUAAUUGGACCUCAAUGUAUAUUAUCUGCAUCAAAUCAAUUGUUGUCGCCAGUUUCAUCAAUCAAAACUAUAAGCGGCAAUAAUGGUGGUGGCAAUCCACAACAAGGACCAUAUAUCCGUACGAUUCGAAAAGAUGCUACCGCUUCAAUUGCAUCAUUGAAACCAAGUCCAUUAGUAUCUGUUUCAAAUCCACAACAAACUUCAUCAACAUUAACAACAUCUAGCAUAAUGACUUCAAGUGGACAACAAUCACAUGUUUUUGUUCAACAACAGCCAAUGCAAUCACAUGAAGUCCAGCUCGCUCAACAACAACAACAGCAACAACAAUCCUUAACGUUGACCGGAAAUAUCGUCAAAACCGUUCAAGGGGUUCAUUCCUUCACUGGUAAUGCACAAACAUUUACAAUACCAGCAAGUCAAGCAAGUAAAAUUCUAAAUCAAUCAUCAGCUAGCGGUCAGGUUCGUUAUAUUCAAAAACCAUUGAAUGUCGCUGGUAAUAAACAAGCACAAUUACAACAACAACAGACAAAACUGAUACAACAACAAUCGAUAAAUGUUGUUGGUGAUCAACACGGAUCACAACAAUCAUCUAAUAAUAAUCAACGUUCGGCAAAUAUUAUAACACCAAUGUUCUCAUCUCAACAACAACAACAAGGAACAUCGUCAGGUCAAUCAACAUCAUCGGCAACGAAGCCAAAUUUUCAUUUUGUUACAUCAUCAGCUAAUGGAAGUCCUCAUCAUACAUUAACAUCGGUUCAACAUCAACAACUAUUGCAACAACAUCAUCAACAACAACAGUCACAACAAAACAAAUCAGCAACAUUAUCAUUACAACAAUCUGGACCAUUAAAAGGUUCGAUCAUUGUACAACAACCAAGUAGCAGUUCUGUUGGUUCUGCACAUCAACAACAAAGUGGCAAUUCAUUGUCGACAACGAUGACGACCACCAUAAGCGGAAAUACAAAUAUUACUGGUCAACAACAACAACAACAAUCAAACACAACAAAUUAUAUUCUAACAUCACAACAACAUUUACCAACAUCGAUAAAAGCUCUUACUGCAACAACAACUACAUCAACAUCCGGUACAAGUCAACAACAACAUUUUAUUGCCGUAUCAUCGAAUGAUUCAUCAGUGAAUGCGACAACUAUAAAAUUACUGCCAACAUCAGCUGGAACAAUUGCCAUACAACAACAGCAACAAACUGGACAACAACAUCAACAACAAGGAACUUUAUCUUCCAUAAAUCUUUCACAAAAUGCUCAGAUAACUCAUACACCAAAAGGACAUAUCAUCAUUAGUGGACAUGGUAGUGCUGCUGGUAGUGGUGGUCCUAAUUCAACAACAAUAUCUGCAUCGCCUACAUUGUUACAUCAAGUGGUUAGUAGUAAUCAAUCGACAACAAAUGCUAAUCAAACUUUGACAUUUGCCAUUCGAACUGCGGCUACUGGUCAUUCGCCAUCAUCAUCAUCGUCAUCAUCACCAUCAUCACAAUCAAACACUGUUCAUUUGAGUACGUUAACAUUGAAGAAUCCAUCAUCAUCGACAACAACUGGGAGUGGGAUUGGUAUUCAACAAGUUACCGUACCAAGUACUAGUCAACAGCAAACAUCCGCUUUAGUGGCAGCAUUAUCACAAUCAUCAUCACAUGAUCAACAUCAACAACAAGGAACAACAACAGUAUCAGCAAAUAAUGCCGCAAUUCUUCGUAGCCUAGCUUCAUCGAAUGUUUCAGCCAAAGCUAUACCAAUUGUUUUAAUGCAAUCUUCAAAUCCACAGAAUUCCAAUAUAAUUGCUCAAACAACUUCUGGAACAGCCGUAUCAUUGAUUAAUAUUGGUCAACAUACAGCCAUUGCUUCGAACAAUCAACAACAAUCACAACGACAUAUUGUUUCGAAUAAAAUAACGACAGCAACACAAACAUCAGGCGCUACAUUAGGUUCGAUUCUAAGCGCUGCAGCUAAACAAGCUGAUUCACAACAACUUCAAUAUUCAAACGUAACAACAAUGUCAUCAUCAUCAUCGACAAAUCAGAUUUCAACCAUAUCGACUACGGCUAAACCAAAUGACUCACCAUUGAUUGAAGCGUUAAUGUCCUCAUUAAAAUCAACAUCGACAUCGCAAUCGAAAGAUUCCAACAUCAGCGAUAAAGAUUCAAAUGAAUGAUUCAAAUUCGAUCAUCAAUAUUGAUUGAUUUUAUUAGAAUUGAAUUUGUAAUAAAAUUUAUUCAUAUUAUUCAAAUUACUUUUUUUUCUUCAUUUUUUUACAAUUUCGAUUCGUUUUUUUUUGUAUCAGAAUUCAAUUAUUCGCUGUAUUUGAUCUCUUUUCAUUUUUUUUCUCGAUACAUGCAUACCUCAUACACACACACAAAUACAUUU